CCAUUUGGAGGAAAGAGGCAAAACAAUCUUUUAUCCUCCUGACCGGGCGGCUUUUUGGGGUAGCGGCGGCGGCAGUGGUGGAAAACUUUACAUGUAGGCUAGAAUAUAAGUAAAGACACAGACAGUUCCCAUCAACUUGCGACAAUCCUAAUAAAUGUAUCUGACUCCAGCAAUUUGCACUAAAAUUUCUAGAAAGCUGGUUUUCUUUCUCCUUCUGCUCGCCUUGUCUGAAUAUGGAGUCCAAAUAUAUUGUGGAGAAGUCGUCGGUUGGGACAGGAGUUGGCGGUGCGGACUUUAACUGUCGGACCGGCCGCUCGGUGCUCCGCGACACCCGGGUCCCUUCGGUGGAAAAAAACGGUUCCAUGUCGGCGUACACAAACGGGGCCGUGCCGUACAAAAACGUAAUGGACGGCGGUUCGGCGGCGGAGAUUAAAAGCGAGAGGACCCAUCUAAAAGGGAACGGGUUGUCUCUGGGUGGUCGGCUGUUGCACGACGUGGAAAAAAAUGGCCCGUUGGACCAAAAAGACACAGGUUCCAUGGGGAUCCUGAAAAGGGCAAGCCCCACUCACUGCCUAGGUGUAAACGGGCAGUUGCCAGGUGGCUUUAUGCAUUUGGACAUCAGAAACCCUGGGAAACAGCCAGAGCCGACCAGCAACUUCAGAGCAGCGCAAGGGCAGAUCCUACCACAGACAGAGAGACAUUCCCUCUCAUCAUCCCACAUCCCUGUCCCCAGAAACAGGAAGCCGUCAGGUCAUGCCGAUAAGGAGGUGAUGGCUGCCACCGUCCUGACCUCACUGUCCACAUCACCUUUGGUGCAUUACCCUUUGUCUGCACCCACAGCCCCCGAGCCGGCCGGCAGAGCUUGGAAAGAGGUGCUGUCAGCUAGCUACAGCAGUUCGACCAGUGGCAACUGGAGCUGGGAUGCCAGUGACCAUUCAGUCCCCUCCACUCCGUCCCCACCACUUUUAAACGAUACCAACAAGAACUUCCCGCUCUCGUCCCAGGGUGAUGAUGGCAGUGAGGAUGUCACAGAGAGCCCGCACUUCAUGUUUGAAGACCCCAUACCUCGGAAGCGAAAGAACUCAAUGAAGGUCAUGUUCAAGUGCUUGUGGAAGAACUGUGAAAAGGUCCUCAGCACCUCCUCAGGGAUCCAGCGACACAUCCGCACCAUCCACCUGGGACGAAGCAGUGACUCUGACUACAGUGAUGGAGAAGAGGACUUCUACUACUCAGAGAUUGAGGUCAACAUGGACAGCCUCACGGAGGGCUUGUCCAACCUCACACCCACCUCCCCAACCACAGCCGGUCCGCCGCCUAUCUUCCCUCCACCGCUCACCGAUGUCCCUCACUCCAAGCACAUCAACAUGAAUGGUUCGCAGUGCCACGCCCCUUCACUGCUCAGUCAGUCAGCUCCCUCCACACUCUGCCACAUCCGCACUGACCAUGCCUACCAGGCCACCGCUCCAGUGAGUAUCCCAGUGGGUCCUGAGCUGGCUGGGAUAGGCAGUGGUAAUGGGAUCGGGCCUGGAACUGGGACUGGCAAUGGCAUCAGUGUGUCGUGGCAGUCCCCUCCUGUCAUUUUUAAAGGCAUCCCGGGGGCUACAACUCAUGUUCGUACAGUUAGCAUUGGAGAAAAGCGGCAGCCAGCACCUAGCGCACACACCACUGUUAACAAGAACCAUCCACUGAUUACGCCAUCGCCUAAAUCAACACAAGGAGCCAGGAAACCCCGUGGGGAGGCGAAGAAGUGCCGAAAGGUGUACGGCAUGGAGAAGAGAGACAUGUGGUGCACAGCCUGUCGUUGGAAAAAGGCCUGUCAGAGAUUCACCGACUAAUAAAGUCCCCUUCCUCGGUCUGCGAUAUGAGCUCUUCCCCGCUAGGAGCGACAGCGAGGUGGACACUUCCACUGAGGAAAUAAGGGGAGUCUCUUCACAAUGGAGUUCUCAGCACUGCUUCCUCCAGCCCAGCAGGGGGUUUCGCCUUCACUCUUUUCCGUUUCCAAACACAAAGACAAAACAAAACUGAUGCUUCAAAACAAACAUUUAAAAAAAAACUUCUCGAGAGAGAGGGGAAAAAAAGAAAUCUUUAAUGCAGGUUUGGAUACUUUGUUCUAAGACUGAAACAUUUUCACUCUGUUGAGUUAAGGAAAAAAAGAAACAUUUAAAUUCGAUUAUAAGCCUUCUGAUUUGAGUUUUUGUUUUCAAAUUGCUUCAACUCAAGGCAUUGUUUAAAGACUACAAAUAAGCUUUUGGGUAUGCUCUGUUGUUUAUCAGAAGAGCAUCAUGCAAGCUACUGUUUUUGAGUCGGAUCAUGGGUUAACACCUGAUGUGCUUUGUAAGACCUCUGUAGCAUAUCUGUUUCUCAGUGUCACUGUUUAAGGGACUCCAAACCUACCAGGUGCAAAAAGCCUGUUCACUUACAGCCAGCAUUUUUGGCGUAAGCUCUACCAUCUCUGUCUUCAGCAGUCUGGCUGACUGCAUGUCGAAAUGCGUGUUGUCCAGUAUGAAACAACUAGUUUGUUACGCAGAUUCAGAGUAGCCAAACAGCUAUAUUUGUUUUGCAAAGCUGCACAAAAACCCUUCACACUAAGUGGUACAAAAAUAUUUCCUGUGAUGCACCAAAAUGUUUUCAAGAUAUGUAUUUCCCUCUGUUCUUCUCUCUACUUUUAGAAAUAUGCACCUUCUUUUAAAGUAUCACGGUAACAAAAAAAGUGGACAUCUGUUUCUUAUACUGUGUAGUUUAUUUUCAGCAAUGAGUUGCUGACGCAACAAGUAGACUCACUGUGCAAUUGGCAGAGUUGCAGGAUUGAUUAUCAUCUGUCUUGCUUUGUGGUUUAGUUGAGGCUGAAAGGCUGAUAGUUUUCUCUUCUAACAGCUGAUGCUCUUAAAGAGAUUGUUUACCACAACGAUACGUGAAUGAGAACUGCCCUUUGAAACUUUAACUUACAGUCUGACUUAUUAUCUGACUUGAUUGCCACCUGAUGAUGACGAUCAGGCGUUCUAAUUCAUUUUCUUACAGUUUUGAGUGGACAGGUUACUCACUCUGCCAUAUUUGGAAUAGUUAGCAUUAACCAGCAUUGCACACCAGAGUUAAUUUCAUACAUCUGAAAUUAUCUUUUGCUCUGGUGUAACAUUUGGAAAUAAAUAAGCAGGAUUAAGUCAAGUCAGUGCAGGGCAGGGUUUUUGUAGAUUGACUGAUUUAUGUAAACAAUUAAUGUAGCAAUAUUUUACCAAAAUGAAGUCUUACUUUUCAGAUUAGGCCUAUAAGAGUAAAAGAGAGGCCAAGGUUUCCAUGCUUUAGAUUAAAUAUAAGUGGUAGAUUUUUAGAAGGUUAAAUUCUUUAUUGUUCGUUUUUUCCCCUCAACCUAAUCCUUUUAAGGAUGUUUUACAUCACAACUGGAAAUUUAAAAUAAAUGGUUACGUCUUAAAAUCCCAUUUAUCUCAAAUAAGCAACAGAGAGCAAAAUAAAAACAAGAUAUUUUUUCGUUCGUCCCUGUUUAAAGGUUAACUAGCUUUAAAUUGUGAACUUCAAGGGCAAAAAGCACUUGUAAUUGACAAAUAAAUGACAUGAGUAGUCUAUGUAGUGAUCUCUUUUUGAUAUUAUUUAAAAAAAAAAAAAAUCAGGAACAAUUUUUAAGAGUGCAUUAUUAUUUACGCUUAUUCCCCUUCCCCCAUUCAUAGUGUACAUCUCAUCAAGUUCCUCAGAGCUGGCUGAGGUGGUUUUUAGAUUUAAAUGACUGAGAUGAAAGAUAAUCUUCUAAAGAUACUUCUCAUUAACCAUUGAGCCAAAUAAAAGUACUGACAUUCUUAGUGACAAAAUAAAGAUUUCUGGCAAAACUUCACCUAUUUUCAAAGGUCACAGAAAAGAAGGUAAAGUCUGAAAGUAAGGCGCCAUGAGCCCUUGUAGUAUGUAGAAUAGCUUUACUUUUUGACCGAUGUGACUGUUGAAAGUGUUGCUGGAUCUUCUGUGCAGUUUGUAAUAUCUAUUCUUUGGACUGCUAAUUCUGAUACAACCCAACUCCAUUAAGAAGAAAAAACUUUUAACGGGUAACUAUGUUUCUCUCAGAGACAGAUAAAACGGAUGUAUAUUUUUUUCCUUUUUCUUUUUUUUGAGAUUCAACUUUGUGUUUAUUUUUAGCAGAUUUUAUAUGCAGCUCUGCAGCAUGCCCCCGACUCUCUAAGCGACACUGCCGUUACCUGAUCUCAGUAGAAAUGUAUGACAAACAGAGUGCCUGUCCUCUGUAUGAGAAUGCCAUCUUUGAGCAGUCUCCUUGACUGAGGUGCAGGAUGACUUCAGACAUCUGUCGCCAUAGAAACACCUGUGCUGUCCUUUGUCAUCGCAGAGUCGCAUGUGCUGCUGCUGUUGGCUGAUGCCACCUUAGAGUGAGAGAAACAAUUAUUUUAUCUCCUGAGUUUUGGAGUUCACUCACUUACAAAGAAAUAAACUAGUUUUUAUGGUAAUUACAUUUUAAUGUAAUUAAAAAGAAAGAAUAUCAACCAAAAACACCCAACAACAACAAAAGUUUACAUGCAAACUUUUAUGUAAACCACAUUACAUAAAAGUUUGCAUGUAAAACAUGACUUAGUACUUGAUGGACAAACCCUUGUUGACAAGCACAGCAGUAAGAGGUUACUUGUAGUUGGUCACCAGGUUUGAACACAUCUCAGGAGAGAUUUUGGAUCACUCCUCUUUACAGAAACUCUAAAUUCAUUCAGUUUUCUCAGCCUCUGUUUGGCACUUUAAAGCUCAGUUUCAGCUUCAGUUCCCUCCACAGAUUUUCUCUAGGACUGAGGUCUGGAGACUAGCUAGGCCACUCCAUUCAUUUGUUGCCUUGGCGGUAUAUUUUGGGUCAUUGUCAUGCUGCAAGACUCAUCCACGAGCCAUGUUCAGUGUUCUGGCUGACUGAUGGAGGCUCUCUUCCAAGAUUUUACAGUACACAGCCUCGUCCAUUGGCCCCUUUAAUGCGGUGAAGUUGCCCUGUGCUCUUAGGAGAAAGACAGCCCCAAAGCAUAAUGUUUAAUGUUUCCACCUCUGACUGUGGGGAUUGGUUUUCUUUGAGUGAUACUCAGCAUUUCUGUUCCUCCAAACAUGAUGCCUCACUGCAGCACUUUCUCCAAAGCCUGCUCUGAAUCACUUAGAUGUUCACUGGCAAACUUCAGAUGGGUCUGUACAUGUGCCUACAUGAGCAGGGGGACCUUGUAGGUGCUGCAACAUUUCAGUCUAUUACAGCUUACUAGUGUGUUACCAAUGGUAUUCUUGGUGACUGUGAUCCCAACUGUCUUCAGAUCAUUAAUAAACUCUUGACGUGUAGUUUUGGGCUAAUCCACCACCUUUUUCAUGAUCAUCUUCAUGCUGUGAGGCAGGAUCCUGCAAGGAGCUCCAGACUGAGGGCGAUUUAGUCAUUUUGUAUUUCUUCCAUUUCCCAACAUUCACACCAGCAGUUGUCACUUUCUCACCAACCUUCCUACUGAUGGUCUUGUAGCUCAUUCCAGCCUAGUGCAGGUCUAGUGCAGCCAAUCAGUGGAGAUAAAGGAGUAUCUCUAACUAGCCAAUCUGUUGGAGCCAGAACUCUGGCUGGGUUGUAGGAGAUGUUUAUUGCACUCACUGAUUGCAAAUAAAUUUAUGAUGUUUAUGUAAUGUUGGUUUUUUUGGGGGGGAUUUUUUGUUUUGGGGGGGUUUUUUUGUUUUUUUUUUGGUUGGUUGGUAUUCUCCCUUAAAUAUUAGCCACUGUUUAUUUCUUUGUAAGUGAGCAAACUUGUAAAUACAGCAAGGACUCAAAUAAUAAUUUCCCCCACUGUGUAUGGUAGCACUUCCCCCUUCAAGCAUUAAACACACACAAGCACUUAUUGUUGUUAUUGAACAUUAAUUUCCCCACCUUUUAAGAGAAAAAAAAAAUUCCUCCCGAUAAAGCAUUACUCCAGUGGCAUCUCACAUAAGCUAGGUCAGCAGGCCUCUAAAGUCAGAAAUUUAACCGUUUCACCAAGUGCCAAUGAAGAGAACACAAAAAGGAAAAGAUAUGCUGAACUAAUCAAGUUGCACUAGGUUGCACUGUGCAAAGACGUGUUUUUAUAACUGAAAAUUUUAUAUACGAAACUUUUUAAGUGAAAGGGGUAUUUUGUUUUGGGUGGGGUCGUGGGUGGGAGGGGUAUCGUCACUGCCUGAUGGAAUAAAUGGGGUGUCAGGGGCAGGGGUCGCGAACCUCUGCGGUUCCCCAUUAUUAGCACGUGAUCCUGAGAGUCAGUGUCUUGCACUCUGUGUCAGAGUUGUUGUACUAAACACGGCAGUGCUGCCAGCUUUAGGAGCGUGGUACUGGAAGUACAGUGAGGUACUCGGUAGUCACUUUGCCUUUCCUUGGAAGAGUGCCAAGGGAUGAACGCAGCACCAGCCUUGUCUCAGUGAUGGGAAAACACCAGUUUUAGCCAGUAGCUACACAUUAUCAGCUUGAUAACAAAUGCUUUACAGUGUUUUAUUGCCUGGAGUUUCUUUUCACAAUACUCAAACUUUUUAUCCACAAAGCUCAGCCUUGUGCUUCCUUUACUUAAAAACAAGUUCCUGCUUCUUUACAUUUUGCUGAAAAAAGUAACAUGUACAUAUGUUAUUAGUGCUGGAUACCACUUUUUUAUUUUGUAUCCUUGGUUGAGCUUUGGGUUAGUGUCAAAUGCACCCCAUUUUAGCUCUUUCUCUCUCUCUCUCACUCUCUCUCUCCUCCCCAUCCACAGUGCAAGCACUUUCAGAUUCCACCAGCGGGGGUUACAGGCCAGCGCUUUAGCUGGCAGAGAAUGGGACUUUUAGCACAUGUUAAGCUAGUAUGACCCUCUGCCUGCCACAGAGGCAGGUUUUUUGUUUUUUCUUAAGUUGCACUAAACUGGGCUGUGAGGGUAAGUCCCUAGACUUGUUUUAUUUGGAGUUUUGUUCUUUGAGUGAAUCUUGGGUAAAAACAUGGGUACAAAAUUGCUCUUGUGUUACAGAUCUUAGACAAGAGAACAUUUGUGGUGACAAGAUCAGCCGUUACCCCUUUUCAGCUACAUAAUGAGAGAUAGAGAUUGAAGUUGACCGUUUGUGGGUGUGCACAUUUGCAGUAGAUGGAAAGCAGUGACGAUAUAGAUGGUUUUUUGCAUUUUCAGGGCUUUCUUGUACAUAUGCAACAUAAAGAGAACCGUGAGGUUGUUGUUUUUUUUCAUAUAUCGCUUUUCUUUUGUUUGUUGUAACUGUCAAAUGAAAAGGAAUUUUUUUUACAGUACAGAAUGUUUUUCUUUCAUUUUUAAAGUUGUUUGAGAAGCUAUAGUGAACAGAUUCAAUGUAUAUUGUAGCUUAGAGGCAAAGGGGAGAAAAACAAAACAUGUUGAAUGUAAAACCUAUAAAAAAAAGUAUAAAGUCUUUUUUUUGUUGUUGUUGUUGAAAUAGUUGCUGGCUAGUUUUUACUGCCUGUAGUGAACCUUUAACAUGUCCUGAUUUUUGGUAUCCAAAUCUUUAACACCCACAGACAGCUGUUGCCGCAGUGCUAAAUCAUAUAAAAUGGCACGACCUUGCAGUAUUGCUUUACUAUCCUAUUUUGUGCAAUGAGACGCUUUACAAUGGAACAAGAACUAACUUGCUUUUUGGUGACGUUCACACCGUUGCUGUUCUUUUACCCUGGCAUUUUUUUGUUUUUCUGAAUAUGUGUGGUUAUCAUUGUCAGAGGUGUUGUUUGUGGGUUUGAUGUUAAGUUUUUUGUUAGGCAGGAUAACCUUCGUCAUGGGGCACCAUGGACAUUUUUGAUCCUGCCUUGCACAUUCCAAUAGACGGCAUGCUUUUAGUGUCUUCCAACUGCUCACUUAAAAACAAACAAAACACACAAAAAAAAAUCCUUUCCACUUCCUUUUUACUACAGCGAUUUCCCCGAUCACUUUUCACACUUCCUGUUCUUGUCCUGUCCAGCUUUAUUGUGGUCACACCCAAGCCUUUACCCAGUAUAUUAAGCUAAACUAAACCCUUGAAAUGUGCAUCAGAAAGCCUUUGUUUUGUUGUUGUUUUGUUCUUUUUUUUGUUCUUUUUUUUUUUCAAUUACGUCAAAAUUGAUGUGGUGCUUUUGUGAAUGUCGUAUGUAAACCAGCAGCAGCAAAGCCAAUAGAUCUCCUUCCAAAUCAAAUGUAAUGCAUUGCAAUGGCAGCUCUACACAGUUCUCUGCUUCUUCUACUACUGUGCUGUAUUGUUUGUCUGGGCGUUUAUCCCGUCUGUCACUUCUCUCAUCCGAUGACCUUUUUUUUCCCCCCAUACCAUCUCGUGUUUUUACUGAGCCUUACGCUGGCUGGCAUAAAAACCAACCUUUGCUUUUUAUUUCUCUCUUGAUUGAUUGAUUGACUGAUUGAUUGAUUCAUCGUCUGGUUGAGUUUGAGGUUAUUUUGCAUGUCUAGUAUUGCUCAUUUUUCCCCCUUUUUUUUUCUUUUUUUUUUUGUUAGGAGAUACAACACUGAAGGGUUUUAUGUGUUAGAUUUCCCCUCCAAGUAUCCAGUAACCCAAGGCUGAUGUAGUCUGUUUUUCACCAGAUGUAAAAAAUGCUCAUUGCAGCCCGUAACACACACAAACACAGUGCUAAGAGCAUUUUGUGGGAAACUUGACGUCAGUCUUGGGUCUUCACUGGAGGGCAAGAUUUCUCCUGUGUGUGGGCUUGGCCUCUGGUCCUCAUCAGCAGUCCCACGCACAUGGAGGAAGCACUUUCUGAGGAGUGGUGCACUCAAGGAGUAUUUGUGUGAAUGUCAAGCUUAUGACGAGAGCUUGGAAAGAUGGAUGAAACAUGUAUGAUGUUGAUAAUGUGAUCUUUGUGAUGUAAUGUGACAGAAAGGAAAAUAAAACCUAAAUGGAAGCAG